CUCAACAACACCACUCAGCACACACGACGCAACAAUGGCCGACGUAGAAGCAGCGCCCGUGCCGGAAGCGAAGCAGGUCGUAUACUGCGGCGUCUGCAGCCUGCCGCCCGAAUACUGCGAGUUUGGCGGCACGACUAAGAAGUGCGAGGAGUGGCUCUCGAGCACGCAUCCCGACAUGCACGCGAAGCUGUACUCGCAAGACACAAUCGAAGCGAACCUCUCCAGCCUCUCGCUCGAAGCGCAACAGCGCGCAGAGAAAGACGCCAAGAAAAAGGCCGCGAAAGCCGAGUCCGCAGCGCAAAAGGCCGAGGAGCUGAAAGCCAGCUCCACCGUCACGAUCAAGCGCAUCGAGCGCAACAAGCGCAAGUACGUGACGGCCAUCAUCGGGCUCGAGGCCUUUGGGCUCGAGCUCAAGAAGGUCUCGAAGGACUUGGGCAAGAAGUUCGCUACUGGCGCCAGCGUCACGAAGCUCCCUUCUGGCGGCGAGGAGAUUACCCUGCAGGGCGAUCUGAGCGAUGAUGUUUAUGACUUCUUGAUCGAGAAGUAUGAUGAGGUGCCUGAGGAUAAUGUGGAGUGUGUGGAGGAUAAGAAGAACAAGAAGUCGAGUUGAGCGGGAGAAGGGUGUUGAGUAUGGAUGAGGGCGCACAUGCGCGUGGAUGAGAGGGGCUUGGUGCAUGUCGAGGCUGCUUCUGAGAUGUAAUGGCAGCUAGUAUGGUUCCAGCAAUUCGCCAGAAAACCACGGCCGUUGCGCAUGGCAAAGCAAAUAAACGAAUGACGAAAGAUUGGACGACCAUGCCACG